AUGGCGGAUCGGAUUGAUCUCAAAGUCAUGUCGCACAAGCGAACGGAAGCGUAUGCCAUGAAAGUGAUUCCAUUGCAGUCGGGAAGCAAAGGUAACUGCUUCUACGUCGAAUCAGACAACACUCGAUUGUUGGUCGACGCCGGAAUUUCGCUGCGGCAGGCGAGUUUGCGACUUGAAUCUCAAGGACGGGAUAUCUCGCAAGUCCAGGGAAUUCUGUUGACGCACGACCACAGUGAUCAUUGCAAGUAUGUUGCUGACUUCAGUCGGCGACUCAAGAUCCCUGUGCAUCUGACGCGCAAGACGCUCAAUGCUUUGGGCCGCUCCAAAGCUCGAAGCAAAACUAGAACUGGCGAACUUGAAAACAGCGUCUGUUUUCAAGCUGGCCAGUCCCAGACGAUCGGCGAGAUCAAAGUUGACUCUGUUCCUACGCCGCAUGAUGCUGUCGAUGGAGUGGCCUACGUGCUGGAAUAUGCUGGCCACCGCGUCGGGAUCUUGACCGACUUGGGGCACGCCUUCGAUGGUUUGCGAGAAGUCUUGCGCUCACUCGAUGCCGUAAUCAUCGAAAGCAAUUACGACGAGCAGUUAUUGCAAUCCAGCCCCUAUCCGGAGUUCCUCAAGCGGCGGAUUCGUGGCCGCGGUGGUCAUCUUUCCAAUCAGGAUUCGGCCCGGCUUGUGCAUCAGAGUGCGACGUCCAAACUGCAAUGGGUUUGCCUGUGCCAUCUGAGCGAAGAAAACAACUGCCCCGAUUCUGCAAUUCGGGCCCAUCAAAACUGGCUGGGCGAAGAUUUUCCGAUCUAUGUUGCCAAUCGUGAUCGUGUUAGCGAUGUGCUUGAAGUUCGGAACGGUUGA